ACCCAUAGUGCUUCACUCGUGUCCCUUUAAUUAACACUAAUUGAAAGAAAUCAGAUCAUUAACCGAGAUAUUCAUGAACUCAACAGGCUGUGUCAGAUACACUUUUACAAAUAAAGGUGCUUCAUGACAUCAUCAAAAAAAAACAUUUUUUGGACAAACGUUAUCUAGACCAGGGGUUCUCAACCUUUUCGACUCCAAGGCCCCCCAUUGUAUUCAACAUUAUUCAAAGGCCCCCCUUCCGCUCACAAAAUCUCCAGAUUUCUACCCAAUAAAAUAUUUCAGAGGUUGAUAUUAAAUGGAAAAUUCUUUAUUCAAUAUUAAAAUGGGCAAAUAUUAAGAAAUGUCUUCGUUUUUAGCUGUUUUAAAAUUUUGUUUUGUCUCAUUUUAAAUUAUUAGUCAUCCUGAGGCCCCCUUGGAAGUCAGCUGGGGCCCCCUUGUGGGCCUUGGCCCCCCUGUUGAGAACCACUGAUCUAGACUAUAAAACGUAAGGAAGAAAUGGUUCUUAUAAGUGAAUGGUUCUUUUGGGAACUAAAAAUGGUUCUUCUGUGACACAGCUGUAAAACACCUUUGCACCUAUUUCUCAAUGUGCAGUGCUGGGGGCCCCCAACAUCAGCAUUAAGAAGAACAACCGGGUUAAGAAUGAGAAAAAAAGAGAUGAGAAAAUCAAAAACAUCCACACUAAACCUAAUUUUAAUUCAAGAAAGAAAAAUUCAAAUGUAUAUCAACGUUGUGACACCAGAUCUGAAUCCAUCAAGUGUUUCCAGUAUCCUGAAUGUUUCAUUCAUGCUACGAAGAAUUCAGAAACCGCUGAAUAUUGAUAAGAUUCACUUGAAGUCCACUGAGAGUCAGGUGUGCAGAAUAUUGUUUUUAUUUCUGUAUAUCAUGAGCAGUCCUUCCACUUCAAAGCACCGCCGGUAUCUUUAUCAUCACGUUAGGUACCACAAAAGUGUGCAUGUGUUAACUGAGAAACUAGCUGCAUUGUUCUGCCAGACCUCUCAGAAACCUUUCCAAAUGAUUUCCAGAUGUUUCACAAGGGGCCGGGCUCUGGAUCAGGGCCGUUUUCAUAGACCCGUCAGCAUUGUUUCUGCGCUGUGGACGUCUUCUUUCUCUCUCAACAGAAGGAGACGGCGAGUCUUGGCUGAUGGAGAAAAUACGUGGUCAGAGGGACUUGGAACUUCCUCUUCUGUUCGACAUUUUUGUGGUUUUUUGACCGAAUCCGAGUGCAUGCGGACGGAGGAGAAACGCCAUCAAAGUCACAGCGGCUGGUGUGACGGGAAACCAUUCGUUCUGUUUGCAUGACAAAGUGUAGACUGCCAUCAUUAUAUUUCACCUGGACAUUUUGCUUUGAAAACUACAUUUGUAGAAAUACUGAAUGCAGAUAAUAUAUCCUUGAAGGACCAAGUCGUGUCAUCACAAUGAAAGAUGAGUUUGUUGAUGACGAUGAUGUUCAGUCAUUUGGAUACAAGAGGUUUGGCAUUCAGGAGGCCAGUCAGUGUAGUAAAUGUAAGAGCAGACGGCCUCUGAAGACGGCUGUUAUUCUGCUGUACGUGUUGUGUUUGCUGCUCAUCAUCGCUGUAGCUGUGCUGGGUUACAAAGUGGUCCAGAAGGUGGAUGAUGUCACUGAAGGAAUGGAAAGAUAUGGAGGGAAGAUCAUUUCAGUGGAGGCAGAUUUAAAAAAUCUCAAUAAUGAGACAGGUGUGAAGACUGAAAAAACAUCAUCUGACCUUCAGACGUUUCGCUCUGGGUUGUCAGCGUUACGUCACACGCUAGCUGAAGUCACGCAGCACGUCAGCACCAAUGCAGCGGCCCUGCAACAGCUGCAGUCUUCCUCACGAGAUGUGCAUGUGUCACAAGGCCAGCUGCGUUCCCAGCUGAACGCUCAAACGUCAGUCACACGCUCUGUGAACACCACGCUAUUCUCAUUCGCAACCUUAACGACUGAGCUGCAGCAAAACACUUCACACCUGCAGCACGAAGUGCACGAAAACGUCAAUGCGCAACGCACGUUGCAGUUCUUGAUCGACCGCAUCAAUCUCAUUCACACACGACAAGACAGAGUUACAUUAGCGCUGCAGCGAACGCUGGAGACGGCAGGCCAAAGCACGCAAAAGGUGCGCGUUGAUGCGCAGUCGCUGAUACGUGACACGCAACUGGUCCGAAGCGACGCAGACUGGCUACGGGAAAAGAUUCAGAGUCUGGAGAAAGCAGAAGGCAACGCUUCAGCACAGAUUCAGAGCUCCAGCGAUGGACUUGAAGAGUUGAACGCUCAACUGACAACCAUAUCCACACAGAUUCUGAAUAUCAGCACGCUCAGUGAUGUCAACGCGGCAAACCUGCGUGCAUUACUGGACCAGCAGCUUGACUUUGGGAACCUAACUAGCGCACGCUUCGACAAGCUAGAACAGAGACUGGACGCGGUGGAUGAAGAGGUGGACAAGGUGACGGGGAACAUCAGCUACUCAACACAGCUGCUCGGGGGGGUCAACAGGAAGCUGGGCGAAUUGAGGCGUUGCUCGGACUUUCUCGGACGACAUUCUGAUCUUCUGGUGGGUUUGAAUGUGAGCUUGGUCGAGGCGAAGACAGACGUCUCCACACUGAGGUCGAAACAAGAUGACCUUUCCGCUCGACUUGACACGGAGGUCACCAGCCUGUCAAUCAUUUCAGAAGAAAUGAAACUGGUUGACUGCAAACACUCUCAGCUUAUCAAAAACUUUACAGUGUUACAGGGUCCUCCUGGUCCAAGGGGUCCACGUGGUGAAAAAGGAUCAUCGGGAGAUGCGGGUCCUCUCGGCUCAAAGGGUGAGAGGGGUGAUACAGGUGAGACGGGUGUAACUGGACCUCGAGGAGAUAAGGGAGCAGAUGGAUCUCCUGGAUUCCCAGGAUUAAGAGGUCUGCCGGGACCACACGGAAGCUCCGGGCCAAAGGGUCCGCGAGGGUCCGGAGGCCGCGCAGGACCCCCGGGAACCAAGGGAGAGCAAGGCUCGCCAGGGCUGCCGGGUAGAGACGGUCAACCGGGGCCUCCGGGUCUUCAGGGACCGGAAGGAACUCGUGGACCAGUGGGGCCAGUGGGAGAGCCUGGAUCCAUGGGCCGGCCUGGGCUGAUGGGACCACCAGGACCACCAGGGUUACCAGGACUCCCAGGCAAAAUGUUACCAGUCCCAUUACCACCGCUUCAGCCGAGACAGACCACUGAGGUGUAUUCUCAGGCAGAUUCGUCCGGUUGUCCUCCCGGUUGGUUGGGGUUCAGAUACAGCUGCUAUUUCUUCUAUGUUGAACCGCUCAGCUUUGACAAUGCUCAGAAAUUUUGCAGCAAUAUGUCUUCCUCCAUGGUCAUAAUUGGUGAUGUUGAGGAACAGCGCUGGCUGCACUUGCACACUGUGGGUCGAGGAUAUUUUUGGGUGGGACUUACAGACAGACAGGAGGAGAACGUUUGGAGAUGGCUGGAUGGAUCCGUGCCCGUCUUCACUAACUGGAGGUCCGGUCAGCCUGAUAACUGGGGUCAUGGACAUGAGGAGGGUGAAGACUGUGCUGGAAUGAUUCACGGCGGUCUGUGGAAUGACUUUUACUGCGAUGAGCUGCACAGCCUUGUCUGUGAGACCACAAAAGAUGAAUCUGUGUGAAUACUCGCGGAUGUUGCAGCAGUGAACACACAGAUGUAAUGAUGGACAGACCCGAGUGCAACGGUCACGCCCGUCUGAUCAUGUGUGUGAGAGAGAGAGAGAGGUUACAAACUCUGAAGAACAAGACUUCUGUCUCACCCUCAUGUCAUCCUCGACUGCUGUGACUGCUUCUUUUAUAGGAAAGUGAUGUUGCUCUGUCAUCUCAGUUGUGUUGUGUUUCAUUUAAGCAGCAACUUACAGUAGUCUCAGAUGUUUCUCCUAAAAUAGUUUAAAGGGAACCCAGUGUAUAGAGAGAUGUAUGACUUAAUACGUUGUAAUAGCCUUACACUAGCAUUUGUCGUUAGAAACACAUCAAAUAUUUUCAAUUCUUUAAAACAACCCUAAAUGUAAUACUCAUUUUAACCUAAGGAGGCCGCCGUGUUCUUUUUCGAUGACGUCAUCUGGUUGCACGCACAGCUAGGCAGCCAAACUAAACACAGACACUAAUCAGUUCUUCAGUAAAUAUAAGGUGCUGUAGGAUAAUAUAUAUCAGUGACGUGCAGUGGGGUUCAUGGCUGGAGAGGCACUUACUCCUUCAGAGUCAGAUUUACAAAUAUAUGAGCCCAAAAUAGUAGCUUAUUCACUAUUCAAUGGCCAGCAUGCACAUUGAAUACUGUUUAUGUUUUAUAUCUCAUCAGCAUACUUUACACACACACACACACGGGUAAGGUAAUUAUUUGGCUAAGAAAGAACGUUAAAUUUAUAGCGGCGAGAGAGCGCUAUAAUUUGUUGCACGUUGCAAUUUCACAAUUUCAUAAUCAGUGUUGGGUGUAACUAGUUACUAAGUAAUUAGUUACUGUAGUUUAAUUACUUUUCCCUUGAAAAAGUAAAGUAAGGGGUUACUCUUAUUUUUCUGUAAUUUAAUUACAGUUACUUCUGAUGUAAUUAAACUAAAUACUGUGUGUAAUAUGUGUGCAAUAGUGGAAUUGACAUCACAAUUCAAAGUCUAACUUUAAAAUCCGUGCUUUAAUGUAUAAUUCUCACAUUUGUAAUACUUUGGUCAGUUAAUAAGAGUACUUUGUGUAGUUUUAUAUUAUUUAUUUGAAUGAAUUAAAAGAGCCGUUUCAUGUCUAUCCUUGAAUCACUUAACUCAUCAAGGUUGUUGUAGGAUAUAGAAAGUAAUUAGUAAUAAGUAACUAAAUACUUUUUGGAGAGAGUAAUUUGUACAGUAAUCUAAUUACAUUAUUGAAUAUGUAAUUAGUAACUAGUAAUUAAUUACUUUUUGAGAGUAACUUACCCAACACUGUUCAUAAUCAUACAUUACGAUACAAAUGAAAGAGUGGUGUACAAAAACAAUUAAUUUAAAUAUUUAGUUGUUUAAAAGCUUUUCGUUUUGAUGCUUUAAUCAUUUUAAUACUGACGGUAUGUCCAACAAAAGGAUAACAGGAAAAACUAAAGAAUUUUCUAUUUAAGGUCAACAUUUAGUUUUUAAUUGUUUUCUUUGGUCUGGUCCUAUUUUUUGUCUACAAUUGAAACCCGUUUAUGGUCUGACGUUUAUUUAUAAACGAAGUCCAUGCGCCUAUCCUUCUUCACGAAAAUCUCCUUCACUUUGUUGUAAAAGUCAUCCUGACUGUUUGGCUCGUAUCUGCCCCCUUCAGUUGCGGCACGGUAACCCUGAUAGCACACAUACAUCUGGUUUACGUCUAUUUGACGUCUGCAUUUACAUCUGCAAGACAUCUACAAUACAUCGUUUGCUCAUCUGCAAUACGUCUCGGAGAUGUCUGCUGUCAGACAUCAUAUAGACAUCUAGAAGAUGUCUGUAAGAUGUUUAUGAUUUAGAAUGGAUGUACAACAGCUCUUUCUAAGAUGUUUAGCAGAUGUUUUUACGCAGCAGAUCUCCAGAUCUUUAGCAGACGUAUUACAGACGUUCAGACGUCUCCGAGACGUAUUGCAGAUGAGCAAACUACGUAUUGCAGAUGUCUUGCAGAUGUAAAUGCAGACGUCAAAUAGACGUAAGCCAGAUGGAUUGUGCUAUCUGGGAACUGUCUGCCUCACCUUGUGCCUCUUCACUGCGGUUUUAUGUCGCAAGACUAAUUAUAUCACACACAUUCAUGAAAGAUAUUAGCCAGACUGUUGAAAGUGAGGGUGUGUAAUAAACGUGCCUGCAAACAUUAUAUUGGCGACAUACAGAGAGACAGCAACAGGCACGCGCCAAUUGCACGCAUCAACCCAGUGUGUGAGUGAUGGUGCAGUCCGCACAUCGCAUUUCUCCCGUUUAUCUGAGCAGGACAUGUGCAAAUUCAGCGAUUUUGACUAUAAAAAUGAUCAAAUUAUUGGAAUCACACAGAAAACUGACUUAUAGCACAGAACAGGUUUCAUUUACUCAAUUUUAUUUUAUGUUAUCAUCAUUAUUAUUUUUUUUCAUCAGACUUAACAAAUCUGAGCUCCGUUUGAGACAUUAUUGAGAUCUUGUCUCUUUUUCUCAGGAGAAAUAUCUGAGACACAUGUGAGACUCUUUUUAAUCUCAUUGAAGUCUAGGAGAAAUAUUGAGAUCUUCUUUUUGUCUCAUUUUCUAUCUUCCUCAUCAUUUUUCUGAUCUUUUUUUCUUAUCUGACAUCAUAUGAUGCUUCGUGUGAAUGUAAAUGUUUUUCUGAUAAUGACAUUUCCCAAGUUCCGGCUUAGGCAAUCAACUAAGUGAAACGCUCAGUUCAAACUAAUGUUUGGUUCAUGAACUGGAUGUUGUAGCUUCUCACGUAAAUUUGAAUUUUUCUUUAAUAUGAUUUUAGAAGAUUUUGAAUAUAAAGGCACAUGUGUCCAGGGUCAUCUUCAACAUUUGCUGUUCUGUCCUUGAGAAGAAACAAAGUCACACAGUUUAGGAAUGACGUGGGAGUGAGUAAACAAUAUCAGAACAUUGACAUCUUUUUUGGGGUUGAAAUAUGUCUGUAUGACCACUACUAGGUUUGAAGAGAACGAAACUAUAUGUUAAAGCUACGUAAGGCUGCUAAUCCAUAAAUUAAGCAAAUACACCUUCUGAAUGAGUUAACCAGAUAAAUAGACCAAAGACAUUUAAACCGUUCAAUAGCUCUAUAUACAGGGAAGAUAAAGCUAACUAAAAAUGAUAGUUUUCUAUUUUUGUAUUUUAAUGGUUCUUAUUUUGAUACGAUUGUAGUCGAUGUAUUUUUUAUUGUAUGAAUUAAGCUGGGUGUUCUUGUCUUGUAUCAGAAACACACAAAAAAUAAACCUCUGUGUUUUAGCCACACAAUGUUGCUCUAAACAUCCCAAUUUUUUGUGUCUUCCAGGGGUGCGUUUCCCAAAAGCAUGGUUAGCCAACUAUGGUCGCAAGUUCCAUCGUUCCUGCAUAGUUCAACGAUUUAAGUGUUUCCCGAAACCACCGUUCCACCGAUCAAUCGCAAGCAGCAUCGCAAAGUUGCGUGGUUGUAACUACAGGUCUAGAGCUGCUUAGAAGCAUAGUUCCUUGAUAUUAUGACAUGUAGACUUACAUGCAUCAUGAUUUUAAGCAAGUAAGCACGCAACAUCCAGUGCAUUCUAUAUGCAUCAUUCUAAAUAUAUACAAAUUCAAUUUGACAUCUUUUAGUUUGUCAAGAAAAUAGAAGCGAUGUGUUUUGAAGAGUGCGUCUGAGAAACAUGCUCUAGGACCCUGGGGAAUCCCUGGACGGAGUGACGUGGGAGGAAACUUAUGAAAUAAUUUAAUAUCGUGAAAUAAAACAACAAAGAGGAAAAAUACGAUAAGAAAAAUAAUUUUCAGAUGCAUCGUACGUUAUUUACAGCAAUAAUAUGACAUUAAAUCGAUCUAAACGGAGUAAUUAGAAGACGGUAUUACUCCACCACCUGUGUGACGUCAUCAACUAUAUUGUUGAACCAACGUUGUUCAAACGACAGAUAAGAGACAAACAGUCGUGAGUAGCUAUUAGUUAGUUUCUAAAACGAUGCAUCGUACUAUGGUGGUUAGCCAGCAGGUUAUGUCGUUGUUAGGGAAACGCACCCCAGAAUGACUUUAUUUUGAUGAACAAUAAGUAUUUUCUUUGUAUCAUUGAGUUCACUACUAGAGCAUGUUGUCUUCUCACUUUUAUUGUUUCUUUCAUUCAUAACAAAACUUUUCUUCAGUCCGUACAAUUGCCAGAUAUUAAAUGACAUGAAAAUGUG